CCCUGGACCUCUGCGCUUGUUCUUCCUCUACUCAACUUCCUUCUCGGCCCGGAUUCAUUUCACCGGCCUCCGGAUUCCGGAACCUCACCGGCCUUCGGGGCGCCGUCGCAGCCUCCUCCCACCUCCCGCCAUCAGCAUAAAAAAAUAAAAAAAAAUGAAGGAAAUCCCCUCUUCCCCUGACCACCGCCGUCGCCGCCGAACACAUCUCUAGUCAGCUUCCACUGGAGCACGCCACCCCGAAUUCUUCUCUCCAGUCGUUGCCCUCCUCCCCUACCCCCAUAUAUUAAAGCAGGUUCGCAGAUCCACCCGGAGUUGAUCGAUUCCUUCUUCUAUUUCUUGCCAACAAAGCCCAAGCAUUCUUGGAUGGACUCCGUCACUGGCUGCGACGGCGGCAAGAAAUCGGAUUAGGACGAGGUGGGGAUCAGGGUAUUCGUCUUGGGAAAGGGGAUGGGGGGUCUCUGCUCGAAGGUCUCAGCUGUAGACAAGUCACCGAGCGACACCGCGCUUGGCCGGAACCAGGUCGCCGAUCAUGAGCCGGGGGCGUCGCUGGGGUUGGAGAAGCCGCCGGUGUCCGGAGAGGCAGCUGCGCUGGCAAAGCGGCUGGACGAGCAGCAGCAGCAAUCUUUCUCGUUCCUGGAGAGCGUCGUCCCUGGGGUUGCUUUUCAUGCCGGCGCCAGUGGCGAAACGGGGUCCAGGACCUCGCCGCAGCUGACCAGGUCGCUGUCGCAGAGGGCUGGUGUGGGCAAGGCAAAAGCCGGCGCUGGCAAGGUUUCAGAAGUGAGCUCAAUUUUAGGUAGGGCUAGCACUGUUGGGCUUGAAAAGGCAGUGGAGGUUCUAGACACACUCGGCAGUAGCAUGACAGGUUUAAAUUCUAGCAGUGGUUUUGUGUCAAGUUCUGCGGCAAAGGGAAACAAAAUAGCCAUGCUGGCUUUUGAGGUGGCAAAUACUAUAGUUAAAGGCUCUAAUCUGAUGCGUUCUCUAUCGGAGCCUAGCAUAAAGCAUCUGAAGGAGGUGGUGCUUCAUUCAGAAGGUGUUCAACACCUUAUAUCAAAAGAUUUCGAUGAACUGCUCAAGAUGGCAGCUUCUGACAAAAGGGAAGAGUUAGAAGUAUUCAAAAAAGAGGUUGUUCGCUUUGGAAACCGUUGCAAGGAUCCUCAGUGGCAUAACUUGGACCGCUACUUUGAAAAGCUGGCAUCCGAACAAACCCGACAAAGUCAUCUGAAAGAAAAAGCAGAAUCAGUGAUGCAGAAACUGGUCACCUUGGUUCAAAAUACAGUUGAAUUGUAUCAUGAAUUGCAUGCUUUGGAUAGAUUUGAACAUGAUUACCGUCUUAAGCAGAAAGAACAGGAUGGUUUGAGUUCAAGAGGAGACAGUCUGGAUAUACUGAAGCAGGAAGUGAAGGUUCAGAGUAAGCACGUUAAAAGUUUGAAAAAGAAAUCACUUUGGUGCAAGAAUUUGGAAGAGGUGAUGGUAAAGCUUGUAGAUAUUGUCCACUUCUUACAUUUGGAGAUAUACAGCGCCUUCGGUUGUCCUGACAGUGAAGAGCCACAAGAAACUGCCAAACAACAUAAUAGAUUGGGACCAGCAGGCCUCGCAUUGCAUUACGCUAAUAUCAUCAAUCAUAUUGACAAUAUUGUUUCUCGAUCAUGUGCAAUGCCUCCAAACGCAAGGGAUACGUUAUAUCAUAGUUUACCACCUACCAUCAAAUCUGCUCUCCGUUCUAAGCUACAAUCUUUUGAAAUCAAGGAAGAGCUUACAGCUUCUCGGAUCAAAGCAGAAAUGGAGAAGAUUUUGCGAUGGCUUGUCCCUUUUGCUAGUAACACAAAUAAGGCACACCACGGGUUCGGUUGGGUUGGAGAGUGGGCAAAUACAGGAUCUGAAUUAAACUGCAAGCUAUCAGGGCAUAUGGACAUGUCCCGAAUCGAGACACUGUAUCAUGCUGACAAGGAGAAGACUGAAGCACUUAUCCUGGAGCUGGUCGUGUGGCUUCAUCAUCUUAUCAGUAAAUCAAGAAACGCUAGUGGAGGUGUAAGGUCUCCCAUCAAAUCUCCAGUCAGCUCACCAACACAAAAGGGUGCUGCAAUCAAACUGUUGCCAGGCAAAAUGAACAAUUCACCACCGGUUCUCACCCAAGAGGAUCAGGAUAUGCUCAGGGAUGUUAAGUACAGGAAAUUUGUCCCUGGAAUAAGCAAAAGUCAAGAGUUUGACACAAAGUCAAGUCACAGCAAACAGAGUAGGUUGAGCAAGAGCAACAGCCACUCUCCAGCCAGUGGCAACAGGAAAGAAUUGCUCCCAGUUAGGAGGCCUUCCAUGCUUCCAGUUAUUGACUUCGAGAUUGACAGGACCAAAGCUUUAGAUCUAAUUGACAGGCUUGACAUCCUAAAAAUACAAUGAGCAUUGAACCUAACUGGAAAAGAAACCUGAAAUUUAUGUGGUCAUCCGCAGUCUUGAAACCCCAGCCGCGAUGUAAACAAUUAUCGUGUAUCAGCAGCAAGGCCGCCCGUUAGACUCUGUGGUGAGAAGCUAACAGUAUGAGAAGCUGGUAUCGCAUAUCCUUGUACCGAAUAGAGUAGGAAAAAAAUGUUGUAAAAAUUACCUGUUGUUUCUACCUGUACAAGAAAUGGAAAGUGCAAGUUUUGAUAAAGGAAA